AAAGUGUUCUCCCAUGAUGACAUGAGUCAUCAUCACCUUAAUAACAACAACGGUAACAAUAACUUCAAUGGAAGUAGUAACCACUCUGUGUCUUCAACUGAUCAAGAUAACAACGAAUGCACAGUGCGAGAACAAGAUCGCUUUAUGCCCAUUGCUAAUGUCAUACGCAUCAUGCGCAAGAUUCUUCCACCACAUGCCAAAAUUUCUGAUGAUGCUAAGGAAACAAUCCAGGAGUGUGUGUCCGAGUACAUUAGCUUUAUAACAGGAGAAGCAAAUGAGAGGUGCCAAAGGGAGCAGCGUAAAACAAUAACAGCAGAAGAUGUACUAUGGGCCAUGAGCAAGCUUGGAUUCGACGACUACAUUGAGCCACUCACCCUUUACCUGCAUCGUUACAGGGAGCUGGAGGGGGAACGUGGCUCUAUCCGCACUUGUGAGCCGCUCCUCAAGCUUAGUAGAGUAGCCAUGGAUCAGUACGCCGCAUUUGGGCCAGUAUUUCACAUUGGACCUCCACCUUCACACCAUCAUCAUGGCUAUUUUGGGGGGUCUUCUUCCAUGAAUGGAUACUUAAAAGAUGCUUCGGUAGCAACUGCUUCUGACGCUGUUGGUGCUCCCGCUGUUGCUGCUGCUGGUGGUAGUCCUAAUUCUGUUACCAGUUUUGAGCCUUAUGGUCACCAUAAAUAAUCUGUAGAUUUAUGGCAUGUAUCAUCUGUUGUUGUCACUUGUAGUGCUAAGUGCUAACAGUUAACAUUGUGACAUUAUUCUU